AUGUCUCAAUCAACAAUAAUUAGCAGAUCCAAAAAUUCAGAAGCACCUUUCUCCGAAACUCAAUUGACUGAGAUCAUUGAUAAAAAUGCCAAGCUACCACCACAAGAACUUGCCUCCGAGCUAACGAACAAAUUAGCGUCGAUUUCAUCAAAACACAAGUUUAUUGUUCAAUACACAUCGAUUGCUGCCAAUGAAGAAAAAUCAUUUGAUUUGAACAUUGUCACGGAUUUUGUUGCCAGUUGGGAGCCUACAAAAGAUGGCUGUGUUACUGUUAAACUUGACUUAAUAAUAGCAAACGAGGCCGGUGGCGAAGCCUCCACUUUGAAACAAAUCAAUUCGUUAUUUAUAACUGUCUACUGGAUUGCUAUAUAG